AUCGGGCUCCUGCACCGGCUUCACUUGCCUCAGCGGCAAACCGAUUCUGCAGUCCGUAGAUUCACUUUCGGCAAACCGAUUCUACAGUCCAUAGAUUCACUUCUGGCAAACCGAUUCUGCAGUCUGUAGAUUCACUUUUGGGUUCUGCAGUCCGUAGAUUCACUUUCGGCAAACCGAUUCUGCAGUCCAUAGAUUCACUUUCGGCAAACCAAUUCUGCAGUCCAUAGAUUCACUUUCGGCAAACCGAUUCUGCAGUCUGUAGAUUCACUUUCGGCGACUCUGCAGCUCAUGCUGUCAUAUUAUUUGUUUACUUUUUUUAAAAAUGGUUUGCACAAUUUGCCCUCUUUUGCACAUUGGAUGUUUGUAGGUCUUUAUUAUGUGUGGUUCUUCGUGGAUUCUACUGUAUUUCUUUGUUUUCCUGUAGGUGCCUGCAAGGAAACGAAUCUCAAGGUUGUAUAUAGUAUACAUACUUUGAUUAUAAAUUUACUUUUAACUGGAUACAUAGAACAUAGAAAUCUACAGCACAUUAUAGGCCCUUCGACCCACAGUGUCGUGCCGACCAGGUCACCUCUCAUCCUCCGUCAUUCCAAGGAGAAAAGGCCAAGUUCAUUCAAUCUAUUCUCAUAAGACACGUUCUCCAAUCCAGGCAACACCUUUGUAAAUCUCCUCUGCACUCUUUCUAAAAUAUCCUAAGGAGAUGGAAUCGUCCUGUCGUAAGGAGAAACCGAGGCCAAAAGAGCCAGCCUACCGCGGUGACAAAGCCAAACAGAAAUCUGCUUUACAAGAACUCAAACAGAGACAGCGAGCUGAGAUCUACGCUUUGAACAAAGUGAUGACGGAACUGGAGCAACAACAGUUUGAGGCUUUCUGCAAGCAGAUGCAGUCGCAGAGUAAAUGAGGACAGCAAAACCUGACACUCCACAGCCCAGGACAGGCAGUUUUUUUUUGUUUUAACACUAAAUGCAUAUGAAAGAUGAUGCAUCACAAAUAAUGUGAUCCUGCUCUUUAACCAUAAGAAGACCUCACUGUACAAAAAGUACUUGACCUCCGAUUGCAACUUCUUGCCAGCAGAAUAGGACCACUUUGAGUUGCGUUGUUCCAUUUUAAGUUAAAAUAUUUCUUAAUACUGUGAGGCCAGGCCAGGAUUCAGCUGGAUUUAACAUUUCUGAUUGUUGUCCAUCUCUCCCUCUGAAUGCUAUCCAUGUGCCAUGAUGCUAAAGAACAAAAAGGGCUUUGACUACCACACCCUCCAUGCUGGAACAGCCUUCCAGUGCUUAUUAUCGAAGCUAAAUGAAGAAUACACAUUUGAGUGAAGUGCUGGGGGCUGCCAGUUGUUGCUUGAAUCCAAAUUUGAAACUCAGAAUCAUGUUGACUUACCUUAUGCAAAGGUUGCCAGUUCUUUGCCACCUAAUGAACUGAGAGAAAAACAAUCCUCACAGGCAGUGUAUUUAUAUCUGAUCUCGUGUCAAGAAGUUGGAGUAUGUCAUUGAAACUCCUGCCCCUGGAAUCCCAUAAUGGACACCACACUUCACCAUCCACACUUUUUCCUGUUGACUCCAUCCAAUGAGUAAUAAAAUUUGAUUUCAAUGUCGCCUGAAAAAUAUCAGCCGUCUUACUAUUACAUCUGCUUUUUGAAAUUGACGUAUGAAUUUUCCAGGAGUCUGUUCCAAAUGUACUCUCACCUUUUGGAGGAAAAAAAGCUUUUCCUAACUCAUGACCAUGAUUCAUGACCGUGAGUUUACAGUUGCAUCCUUUUAUUUCGUAUUGCUUCAUUCAAGCUAUCCCAUCCGACAAUUACCUCAUUUUACUUUCUUGGACCCAGAUGAAUUAGGAAGCUUCGCUUUUCAUCCAGUGCAAGAAACUGCAGCCAUCUAGAGUGAAUGCUGGAUCUGAGAGUGAGGCAGUGAGACUCCCACCACCAGUUUUGCAGUGCCAAUACAAUUGCUUGUAAAUGCAUUGUUAUCUAGGAUCAAUUUAGAUAAGUUUUAAAGAGCUUUUACAACAAUUUUGCUUUCCUAAAUACAACAAUUUGAUUUUUUUUCAAUUUUUUUUAAUCUAUUUAAAAUACAGGAGUUUCAUCUGUGCCAUGCAGGUCUCCAAGAAUGAUGAUGGAUUGAUUAAUCCCCAAAUGAGAUGAAUAAAAAUACUAUCAACCUACCCAAGACAGGACAUCGGAGUUCUAUCAUCAGAAGAGUUGAGGCCAGGAUUUUUUUUUUUAAAUCUGAAAUUUACUUGGAUAGUUCAGGAAAAAUGUAAGCUGUAAAAUUGUUGAAUCCUCUGCAUGGGAGUAUUCAAAGCUGAAAUUCAAAGUGGUGCACAGCCAUCUUGCAAGUGAGAUCACUUUGUUUUUCAAGUGGAAAUACUUUCCCACCAAACCUUUUUAGAGAAAUAUGUAUUUUUAAACUUGUCAUUAUGUUUAGUUAUUUAUUGUUGUGAUUGUACCUAUAGUUUGUGCCUUGUGUUAUUUCAGGAUUCCUAAGGAGAGUACUGAUACAGCCCAAGUGAAGCAAGGUGGGUGCUGCUAUUAAUGGCCAUGAGGUGAAGUUCAGGAAAAAUAGAUUGAGAAAGUACUUGAUGUGCAAGCCUCUUGUUCCAAAUGAAACCAGCCUUGUGCUGUGUUAUGGAGUCAUGUCAGGCCACUUUUACUGGGACAGCACUACCCAUUCCUGGAAAGGAACGCAACUGUGAAAAUUAACACCAAAAUCAGCCGUCACCCUAGGUGACUCCAUGGCAGGAUGCUACAUACCAUGCCUUAGUAGUGAGUAUCAUCAGAAUCUGGCCUGGUGGAGAGAGGCACAAAGUAUCCAUUGACAUUGAGUCUCACUUGUUAACGAUAUUGCAGGUUUCACUCUGUUUAUUUUAAACUUGCAAAAAAAAUCUGAAGGAAAAAUAACCUGUUCUUAAAUCAGUUUUCCUUUUGUCUUUGUUCCCUGUAGUCCAACAGUAAUAAACUCCUUCAUUAGGUAAUUAUAUGCAUGCUUCUGUAAGUCUUAAGAACUGUAUUAUAAAUGCAAGUCUUUUCCUUUAAUAUCAGCACUGGAUAGAUGAAUUGAAGUUUGUUGCUCUUUAACACAAGGGGUAAAGACAACGUUGUCUCCUUCCAUCUUUAUCUUAUGAGAAUUGAUUGAAUUUUAUCAUAAUUCCUAAAAUUAUAUACAAGGUUUUACAUAUAUACAUUUUAAUAGUAUUGCAUACAUGAUCUUGUAGGUAAAUAAAACCAAAAAAAUGCUUUAAAAAAUCCUAAAGGUCAAACAAUAUCUGAAGAGAGGUAUAUAAUUAACUUUGCAGGUGGAUGACCUCUUAGAUCCACUUCAGCCUGAUUAACUUUCUGCCAUUGUUUUGGUGAUUUUAGAUAUGAACAGACCUUGUAAAAUUGUGCAGGAUCAUGGUGAUGUUGCAUUAAGCAAUCAACAGUUUGCAUUUUGUUAGGUUCCAUUAACUAAUUUACUACUACAUUAUAAAGGAUUAGAAUGGCCUUUAACAUAUUACUUUUGUUCAAAAGAAUUUAGUGUGGAGUUUAAAGCUACUAGAAUGGAUAUUGCAUGCAGCACAUAAAAGUACAGAAGGGGUGACAUUUAUUUGCUCCAAGCCAAGGUCUCACCAUUAGUGAUUAACUAUGCUUGUCUCACAACUAGUUCUUAGUCAAUGUUGAAUUGGCUAGUUUAUUCCUGUGAUUUCUCUAAAAAAUAAAAGUUAAAUUUAGCUCACACCACUCCUUGAACCUGAUCUGCUAUAGAAGGUAAUGGUGAAGAUGUCGUGUGAAUCAGCUUCAUUGUACCAUAUUCCCAUGUUUUGAUUUCUUCCAUGCUCAGAAAAGUGUGAAUCUCAACUAGUGAAUCACUACCAUUAACUGGAACAGACAAUUUCUCUGUGUAAAGAUAUUUAAGUCCCAAAUGGCUGACCCCUGGUUGUGGCUGAAUUGUACCAAAAGCACAGCAAUACCACUCUGGGUGGCAUUUCACCCCCACUUCUUUCGAAGUGGUACUGAGUUGACCCUGAUCUGUAAUUCACACUUGAGGUUAAAAUACACAGUUGAGUGUGAUUCAUAAAGUAGUUAAUCUGUCUUUGUGAUAUUGGUUAAUAGAUUAAGUAUUGGUGAAGGCGCUAGGAAAGAUUUCUUUUCUAGCUCCCCCAGUUGUAAUGUGGACGCAGCCUUGAUUCAGCUUUACAUUUGAAGAUCAAUAGUGUCAACUUAGAUUAUGCACUGAAGUUUCAAAUAUUAAAGGGAAUCUUGCCUGAGAAGUCUGUUGGAAUUAUUUGAGGAAAUAACAUGCUGGACAGACAAAAAAGAACCAGUGGAUAUUGUUUACUUGGAUUUUCAGAAGUCCUUUGACAAGGUGUUGCACAUGAAGCUGUUUAACAAAAUAAAAGCUCAUGGUAUUACAGGAGGGGUACCAUCAUGUAUAGAAGAUUGACUGACUGGUAGGAGGCAAAGAGUGGGAAUUAAGGCAGGUUAUUAUGGUUGAUACAGGGUCAGAAUUGGGACCACUACUUUUCACAUUAUAUGUCAAUGAUUUGGAUGACGGUAUUGAUGGCUUUGUGGCCAAGCUUGCAGACGAAACAAAGAUAGGUAGAGGGGCAUGUAGUGUUGAGGAAGCAGAGUCUGCGGAAGUAUUUUUUCUGGUUGGGAGAAUGGGCAAAGAAGUGGCAGAUGGUAUAGAGUGUAGGGAAGUGCAUAGUUAUACACUUUGGUAGAAGGAAUAAAAGUAUAGACUAUUUUCUAAACGGGGAGAAAAUACAAACAUCAGAGGUGCAAAGGGACUUUGCAGGAUUCCCUAAAGUUUAAUUUGCAGAUUGAGUCAGUGGUGAGGAAGGCAAAUGCGAUGUUUUCAGUCAUUUUGAGAGGACUAGAAAGAUGCAAUGCUGAAGGCAUUAGUCGGACUGCACUUGGUGUAUUGUGAGCAGUUUUGGGUCCCUUAUGUAAGAAAAGAUGUGUUGGCACUGGAGAGGGUCCAGAGGAGGUUUAUGAGUAUGAUUCUGGGAAUGAAAGGGUUAAAUUAAGGUGUGCUUGAUGGCUCUGGACCUGUACCCAUUGGAGUUUAGAAGAAUGAGGGGGGUGGGGGGGGGGAAUCUCAUUGAAACCAAAUGAAUAUUGAAAGUGGAUGUGGAAAGGAUGCUUUCUAUAGUGGGUGAGUCGAGGACCAGAGGGCACAGUCUCAGAAUAGAGGAAUUUCUUUGGCUAGAGAGUGGUGAAUAUCUGGAAUUCAUUUCCAGAGACGGAUGUGGAGGCCAAGUUAUUGAGUAUAUUUAAAGCAGAAGUUGAUAACCUCUUGAUUAGUCAGGGCGUCAAAGGUUAUGGGGAGAAGGCAGGAGAAUGGGAUUGAGAAUGAUAAUAAAUCAGCUAUGCUAGAAUGGAGGAGCAAACACAAUAGGCAGAAUGGCCUAAUUCUGCACCCUUGUCUUAUGGUCUUAUGCUAAUUUGAACCCAGAAACUUGACUCAGAUAAAUCACAAUCGGACUCAAGGCUGACAUCCAUUCCUCAAGGAAACACAAAUCUAUCAUGACUUAAGUCUAUUUCCCAGUAAGAUGUUCAUUUGAUGUUUUUCUAAACCUGCUCCAUUUUCCUUUCAUUUUUUCCAACACAAAUCUGUGGCCAUAUUGUAUGAUUCUUAAACAGGUACUGUAGUCCAGCAAAACACUUGCUGAGACUUUCAUCAAAAUUUGGAUUUAAUUUUGCACAACAAGGUAGAUUGUGAAUGCUAAAGUAGGAUUGUAGCAGAUGAGUGACUGUUUACACAAUGUUGCUGGGUUACCCAGUCUGAAGCUGAUGUAAAUCAAAAUGUUUUUAUUGCUAUGUAAGUAGUUUUAUCCAAAAUUUAGUGGGCCUGUACUAAAUAAAAAUGCUUG